AUACGGAGUAUAUAAAAACACGAUCAAAAUUGAGAUCCAAUUUCACUCUAAUAGGACGGUCCAAUAUUUCAUCUUGACAAAUCUGACCGUCAAUUUUAUUGUCCGAUCCGAAAUACAUGGCUAUUGCGGUUUCUAUAUCCAUGGCGGUUUUCUCUUUCAUCAAUCAAGAAAUCAUGCGUAUAUCAUCAUUUGCUUCGCCGCCGUGCAGUUGUGCCAUACUUUGCCGUCCGCCGAUGACAUCCGAUGGGCAUGGAAUUGGUGACUCCGUCGAUUGUUUGGAGGAAUUGAGGAAUUGGUAUUGCAUAUUAAAGUCGAUCAUUGAGAAUUGCAAGCUGGCGUCUUCAGGGGUAAGAUGGAGCUGUCCUGGAAGUGCAGAUGAGUUGAAUGGUACGGUGAUGAUGGUUUUGAUGUUUUUGUUGAAUUACAGCCAAUGGUACACCAACUCUAAUCACUUUUAAAUUUCAGUUUUUUUGUAUAUGGUGUAUUGAAUCUGGGUGUGGUGUUUUCAUUGUGUUAGAUACUCCAUCCGUCCCUAAAUAGAUUACAAUUUUUUUUCUCUCUCUUCUUGAUAACUUUUGUUUGUUUACGCGAUUUCAUUAAGUAUUUGAUAAAAUAAAAUAUUCUUGUCACCUCUUGUUUUGUAGAACUUUUCACGUAGUUUUUUAAUAUGUAAUUUUUAUAUCUUAUUGAUAUACCAGUUUGUAAAUAAAAUGAUUUCAAAUAGUAGAAAAUUUUACUCCGUAACCCGCAAUUUGUAAUCAAAUUGGGGACGGAGGGAGUAUCUUUUUUGGUUCAUUGACAUAACAUUCAAUCACAUCACAUCAGGAAAGGGGAAAACAACCACUCCAUAUAUUCUGUGUUUGGGAAUAAAUGGUGGAGUCAUUGUUGACAAUCAGGUACAAUAUCUUUGCUAUGUCCUUUUC